CAUCAAACUUCAUACCAAGCCUAAGAGAGUCCCUUAUAUUAUAUGUCGGAUGGAACAGUUCGGGAAUUUUCUCCCCGGCAUGGCGGUGCCGCAUUAAAUGAGCAAUCGUGAACAUAUUUGCUCCGUAUAUUUUUAAUCCUUGUUCCACAUUUGUUUCGUCGCCCCUCUAUUAAGAUAUCGUACGUAAUCCAGUGUACUGGCCACCUCCAAUGACUUAUAAUGCUAUGCAUAACUAACUUUCGUGUACCGAUGCAGUUUAAUGUGGUUAGUCAGAAUGGCAGGCGUUGGAAACCCGGUGCAUUGCAAUAUUGCACACUCAACGCACAUCUUUGCAGUUUCUGCUUAACGUGGUGAUGCAAAUUAUCUAAUUAAUCUGUUUUUUACACUACGUAUUUUUGUGCAAAAUGCACAUCAUCGUGUAGUGCAUACUAAUGCAUGAGCACGGAGCACGAAGUUGAUCCAUCGGUAAUACAAUUACUGUAUAAUUCAUAUUCCAUUUGACGCCGGAAUUCCUGUCGAACAAACAGCCCCCUUGGAGUUAUGCAGAUCCUUAGACGUCUGGCCGCCAAAUUGUGCUCUGAUUACUUGUUAAUCGGUUUAAGACUGGACUAAUCCUUCUUGUAACUUGCGACUGAAAUUUAAAUCGUGCGGAAAUCUGCCGUUUUAUUAGCUUCUUCAUGCAGCUUGCACCGUUAUGCAAUGACUGGAAAACGAUGGAGUUGAUCUAGCGGCGCGGGUGCGCGCGCGGGACUACCAAACCUGGAAUGAAUGCCACUCUCCUACAUAUAUAUGCGCGCAAGUAUUUUGUGGCCAACUAUCCAUACGAACCCAUAGACUAACAAAUAAUCCAUGCAUGCUCGCCUAGCUUGUACAAGCGGGCUGGAAUAUAUGUGCGGCAGUUAAACUGUACCUAAACACGCCUGGCCAUCUUAGAUAAUCUAAGUAAGUCGCCUCGUAGAUCUUCCCCAAUAAAUGCAUCUAGUACGGGGAGCUGGGAUCGAUACUCUCUCCGCCGGUCUCGCGCCCUCUCCCUCUCUCAUUGCCAGUGUUGUCCCUUUGGCACACAAAAAUACGCUGUAAUCAAGGGGAACACUAACAAGGAUUUUUAGUGGAAUACGCUAACGUGUCUCCACUCCCUCUGUGUGAGCUUGAAUGUCAAAGAGCAACCCCAAAUGAUUUAUGAAUAUUUUCUACCACUGGACAUAGUUUAUGAUUGAGAAUGUGGAUGCGGUGUUGGCAAUUAUGAUGAUACGUGGGAAAUGCGCAUAUGAUUUUGACCUGUUCUCGUACAUGCGGUUCUCGGUGGAGUGUAUGAUUCGGCAGUGGUUUUGAAUACUAUGUUCGAAUUUCUGGGAAAGUGGAUGUGUGUAUGGGGCUGACCAACAGUCCAUCAGAUUCCCCAAUUGAAUUUUAAGGUCAUAACUUCGCGAGAUCCCGUUGGCAUUCUCCAUGCCGAGAAAACGGCAGAAACAGCUUGGACCUGCGCCCCUGGCUUCGUUUGAUCGAGGUCUAAGUUCAGAGGGUAAUUCGUUCGAAGAAGAUUUGUGUAACCUUGGUCAAACUGACCAACACACCGGGAAAAAAUCCGCUCGCAUUGGUGUUCUUUGCCAAACGAGUAUAAUGGAGGAAAAUACAGCUGCCGUAAAAACCCGUUCGAUUGCUUGCCAAACUGAUCGCAGUGCUCUUAGAGACGGAGUAAAAGGCCCAUCAAAGCAGAGGAAGAGCUCACAGUCGCAGACAUCUUUUGACCAAGAGCCGAUGACCGAACUGCACCAGGCAGCUGCGGUGCAUUUCCGAGCCGCUCCGGCACCGGCGCCAUCUCGCGCGGAGAAAUAUGAGAAGCAGGAAUCUCUUCAGCCCGAGCCAGAUGCGGAUUUAAGGGCACCGUCACCCACGCGUCCUAGUACACUCGAUCUGACGAGGAAGCAAAAGAAGUCGCCGACCAGUUUUAGUAAAGUGCAAAAAAUGGAGAACCCAACAACGAAAUCAGCCGCUGCAACAGCUCCGCCACCGGAGAAAGGUGAACGCAAACGCAGCCUGCUGGGGAAGAAGGCCAGCGUCGUGUCGGCCACGUCGGGUGUAAGUGAGAAGUCCGAAUCGAAAUCCCGCUCUUCCAGUUUCCGUAGUCCAUUUAACAAGAAAACCCGAGACGACACCGGUUCAGCGUCAUCCCGCUCAGUAUCCCCCAUGCUACAAAUUCGGCAGCGUAUUGCCAGUCUUUCACCGCGGCGGAAGAAGAAGAGUAUCGCCACGACCAAAUUGGAGGCCUUAUUGAAUCGGACAGAAAUUGUGGCGGCAGAGAUGGAAUUAGGUACAGAUGAGUUUGAUGCAGCCGGUGCACGUGGGGCUGGCGGUGGUGGUGCUUUGAGUGUGGAUGCAAACCGAAUUGACCGUGACCGCCCCGGCAGCAUGAACCGUACGAUGCCUUCACAUAGUCUCUCACCUAAACCUUCACGCAAUAAGAAGGAAUCACAUGCUUUUAGUAAGCUGCAAGCGCUAAUUGAUCGUACUCGCAUGGCACACAUUGGUGAUCACGCUAAUCAUGAGCAUGCACUAACAACUCACGCAGAUGUUCAUCAUACUCCGGGGCACGGCGAAAAUAACCGGCGUCGCUCCAAAUCUACACCACCAGAGCCGGAGAAUUUACACACAGCGCAUCGACUGUCACUGGGCGCUGUCUGGAGUCAUCAUCCGCAUCAUCACGUGCACGGACACGGUCAUAGGGAUAGUCAUUCUAACAUAAGUAAUAAAUCCCCUUCUAACCCACCUUCACCAUUCGAAGUGACCAAGAAAUUUUCUAUCCAGGAGGAUGAGGAAAUACGGGAGACGGAGAAGAAGCGACCGUCCCCUCCGCAUGCGCACCAUCAACCACUACCAACGGACGAUAAUACACCUGACAUUCCACACACCACCCAGGCCAUUGUCGAACAAGAACAUCCGAGUAGUCCACUAGCGGAAAUAGAAGAAGAAAAGAAGAAAGGUGAAACGCUGCUGACCGUCGAAGAACAAGACGAAGAAGCCAGUUCAACGAGUGAUCUACUUGAUAAGAUGUUGAAACAAAAAGCGCAAGAAGAACUGAUACUGCUUAAAAAAAGGGUAAAAGAUGAGCGAGAAAAGCGACAGACAUUCCGCACUGCACCGGUAGAGCGUCCACGAUCACAGACACGCGAGAUAGCCGUUGUUGAUUUGAACGCUUAUGUUGCCGAGGCAGAAAAACAGCCGGCUUCCUCGCCGACGCAGCGCAUUAAACUGAAUCUCCAUUUAAACCAGGACCAUUCACUUGACGAAGAUACCACCACCGGCAAGCCAGCAAAAGAUCGACAAGCCGAUCCCGAGAAUUGGCGCAAUUUCUGUGAACAAGGAUUACUGAAUAAGCGCCGUUCACGUCUGGAGCGGUCUAAGGGAAGCGAAGCUGUCGACGAGCACGGAUCUUCCUGGGCGGACUUUGAGAUAGAUGACCACGCCUCCCACAGCAAUCAGCUACCCAUUCCUGUUAUUAUUGAAACAGCCUGGACGCCGCAAGAGCACCGGGUGAUAACGGUAGUCACGCCCAGUCCAUCGAUCUGCUGGGAUCCACCGCAGCAGGAUGGAUCGGCGCAUUCAGCUGACGAAUCCGAUCAUUCCCGCUCAACAUCAUUCGACGACUUCUCCGGCAAUGCAUUUACGCAAACAGCUAAUAGUAGUUCCACAAAUUCGUUUGCUGAGCCCACACCCUCUAGCACUCCGCAUCACGAUGACUUCCCGACUGUACAUGUUACAGAAGAGAAUCAGCCGACUGUACAUGUAGAGGUAGUCAGCCCGAUUAAUGUUGUCUCCACUGUUGAAUCAGCUGCUCAAGUAAUGGAUUCCGUAAAUUCUUCCAAAGAAUCACCCCUCGCUACAGAAGUCGUCCAACCAGCGACCACUGCCCCUCCUACACAAACCGUGCCUCUGCGCAAAGCGCCCCCCGCCCCCACCCGCAAAGCCACGGCGCCUCCGCCUCCGAAAACAGUCAACCAAAUUCCCGAAGCUUCCACAGUGCACGAAGUCGCUGCCGUUCCGCAAGUUCCCGUUUCCGACGAAGCAAAUGCCCAAGUGCCUGACGCCGGUCAAGCGGCUGCUUGGUCGGAUUACGCUGCCGGUUAUUACCAGACCGAGGGAAAUCUGAAUUAUGAUCCCAGUGCCUAUUAUUAUACGGAUCAAGGUUAUACCGCUGAUAAUGGUUAUUAUACACAAGGAUACUACGAAUCCUGGCAGCCACCUGCGCCGGAUGGUACAGGUGCUGACAGCAGCGCUGCCUAUUACACCGACACCUCGUAUUAUGGGAACAACACUGGCACUUCCUACCAGGCACAAGUUAUUUUAGAUAACACGGGUGAGGAAAGCGCUAUGAAUGAUUACACCAUCACCAGCAAUGUUGACGGUGUGGCAGUUGUGCUUGGCAGUCAGGCCGAUCCGAUGGGUCAUGACGUCGUCAUGUCGGAUCCAUCGGCGAUCGAUAUUGCGAGUGCGAACAAUCGUGUAGACGAUAGCAUUCCCCUGCAGCAUUCAGCGCAGGACAAUCUGGCAACUGCAUUUGCUGUCAGUAAUGUACAACAACCGUCACAACAUUACGAACCAACUGGCCCUUCGCCCGAUGCUAUUACCAUGAAUAACCAACAUCAGCUCGAACAGGAACAAUCACCGUUGCUGGAGGCUGAGGACGCUGAAGCCGAUGAAGAGCCGAACCCUGACGAUAUCAGCGCUCCAGCUGCACCACUGCACACUGUGCCAACCGACAGCACUGAGCGUGAUGCAUCAUUCCAGCCCUUAGUAGAGGAUACUGCUAUUGAUCAAACAGAUAUUGAUUAUGCCAUGCAAACAAAACAUCGGAGAUUAUCAAAAGUCCCGUAUACGUCACUGGAUGUAGAGGAGAAUCCCGAAGAUGAGACCACGGAGAGCACUCAAAUCGUCCCGGAAGAAGAAACCGUUGAGCCGCUACUCCAAGGUGCCGCUGACGUUGUUGAGACUGAAGAGGAAGUUAAGGAUGAGCGUGCAGGUAAUGCGGUUGCGGAACAUGAGGUGCUGCCUGUACAGCCGGAUGUCAGCCAGCAGCAGCAUGCAACGGCGGAUGUAGCGGCAUAUGAGCAGCCGGCAUAUGAUCCCGCUAUCUAUGACCCGCACGGCACUGGUUAUGACAUAAAUUCACAAGAGUACUAUGAUUAUUACUACGGUGCCGCGGCACAACAAUCAUUUGCCGGCUAUACGGAUGAGCAUGCUGGAUUAUACCAGCAGACCGAAGAACAGCCUUAUUCAGCUCAUCAAACCGACUACUAUUCUCAGUACUCUGGAGGUAGCACUGCUGCAGAACCCGACUAUUCGUCCACCAGCAAUUAUGAGCAAACAUCAUCCUAUAAUUACGAUCAAACCUAUGAUUCCGCUUACGGUAAUACGACGGAAUCACAGCCGAGUGCGGACUAUUAUGAUCAAUCAUGGGGAGCAAACCAAGCAGCGCCUGAACCAGAAUGGCCCACAUUUAACGCCUACGUUCAACCGGAAACUGCGGCUCAUACGGAACAAUAUGCCGACACAAGCGACGAAGAUGAAACUGCAGCCGCGGCUUCCGUUCAACACCAAUUAACCUCCACAUUGCCCAAAGAGCGAUUGUUUGAUGAUACGGAAGAAGUCUUACCAUAUGGAAACAUGAGACCCGAGCCAAAGAAAAAGGAAACAGCUGUACCAGGAUAUAUAAAGGUAGCAAAAGGGCUGAAACCAUCAAAAAAGAAAAUUGUGAAUUUAAUAACAAAAGGAAAAUAUUCCUCAGGAAAAAAGAAAGACCUAUUCGACGAAAUGGAGCAGAACUACGUGGGAAUGCCGCAAGCACAAGCACCCGGCGCCCCUGGUCAACAGCAGGUUCAAUCUGCACAGGCAUAUUCGCAACAGUGGCAGGAAUAUCAAAAACUCACCGCUCGGGUGCAAGGUGCAGUGGAUCAGGCAAAGCAGAAAAUCACUCCACUCCAUACGCCCACAUCUCCCCCACACGAGGACAAGCCAUCAGGCUAUCCAGCUGCUCAAAGCGCUGUGCCUGACGCUAGCAAUAACGUCAACGAUCUGCUGGGGUUAUAUGAAACUUCUGCGUCUGUGGCAGCAACAACUGAUAAUCAAAAGAAAGGCCCACCAUCUCGUCCUCCUCCCCCAAAAGGAAAACCAUCCCCGGCCCGACCACCUCCACCAUCUAAAAAGACCGAAACGAGCGUCACCUCCUCUUCCCCGACACCGGCUAACUUGUCACAUGCUCAAAGCGCCGAGCCAACUGCCGUUUCCGUAUCCGAUGAACUGGCGGAUUUUUUUGGUGCACCUGUACCGCCACCCCAGCCUUCAAAACCGGUGACCUCGGUGCCAGCAAAAGCUGCCCCGGUAAAGCCUCGUGUAGUGCCUGAACCUCCGAAAGUGAUCUCCACCGACAUUAAGCCAAUUGCCCGACCUAAAGCGGGUAGCAUGAAAAAUAAAGAUGUAAAAGGUAUCGAGAUGCCAGCGUCGAUAACCUCAACGGCCGUAUCGCAACCUCAACCAACUCCUCCUGCCGCCAAAAGUGCUCUUGCCACAAAGACUUCUAAUAUCGAUGACUUACUUGGUCUUUUCGAUGCACCAGCUGCUAGCGAUGCUGCGGCUGAGAGUACGGUGUCCGAAGUGGUAGCUGACCCCUUUAACACCGGCUUUGAGACAAAUACUACAGCAGCACCGGAGGUGGCAGACCCGGACGGAUUUGGAGAUUCAGGCUAUAUUACACAACCAAGCCUAGUGUCGGAGUCGCCUGGACCGCUUGACGAUCCCUUUGGACUGCCCGAUGCUUCUGUAAGUAAACCAUCAACUGUCCCUCCGGAAAGACAGGCAAAUCCAUGGGAAGAAGAAGCAGCUCCCGAAGGUGCAAAGAUUCCAGUGAUCCAAGGGUGGGAAGCAUGGGAUGCACCGGCAAAUACUUCACCUGUUCCUCCACCGCCACCUGCUCGACCUGAAGAGCGUCGGCUUCCACCCGUACCACCCCGCCCUGCAGUCCCACCAAGGCCAAGUCCCGCUGUUUCACCAGCACCUACCCCGGCGAUGUCCCGCAAAGACAUGUUUCUCAACUCAACAUCGCAAGACUCUGAUGCAACAUUUGCGGCGACAUUUGGGCAUACUCAGGACGAAAGCCCAGAUGAGGAAGUAGCCACCGUACCGCUAGGUCAACCAGAGCCCGGAGCCAGAAUUGUCUCACAAGUAGCUAGUAUGGUGGGACGGAGUGAAUCGAGCCCGUUACCAGCCAGACAAGCACAGGCGAUUCCGGUGAAAUCAGCCAGCGCGUGGGGAGAAGAAGCAGCGGAGCAAUCAGCGGCCUUUGUUACGGAUUUUGAUAGUGACCCCUUCAGCGCCAGUCAAGCAAAUGCACAAAACGCCUCGGCAGGAAAUGAUGAAGCAAAUGUCCUGGAAUUAAUCGCCAAGUACAAGAGCAAUGCCCCAGAAAAGAUUAAUUUGGACACGAAUAAUCUGGACAAUUCCUUCUUCGAUCCUUUUGCAACCAUCGUACCGGAAGAAUCACCCAUACCUCCACCAACGACUAACGCGAUUACCGGCGCUGAGGAUGAUAAAUUUGAUAUAUGGGAUUCACCACAACGGCCAGAAGGGCUGCCGGUACGCAAGCAGAGUGUGAACCGGCGCAGUUCAGUGACGUCCAACGCCUCACGUCGCACAUCCGCAUCUGUGCAGACGCCGUUGUUUGAUGAAGAUGACAGUCAGCCGUUAGCUGAAUUUACUUGGGAUCUGCCGCAGACAUCCUGGGACUUGCUGCUGCGCUGGCCACCCAAGAAAACACUGACAGGCAAUCGAUUUUGGAAGCAAAUCCACGUUAAGUUAACGGAUACCGUGCUGCAGUUGUUCAAUAAAGCCGACGAUCAGAAACCUUUUCAUGAAGUUCCCCUCUCGGGACAGUACAUGAUCACUGAAAUAUCGAUCCAGCAGCUGGAUGUCUUUACCAAGAUCCACACCACCAAGCUAGAGUAUGUCUUUUAUAAGGAACGCGUGGGCAUCCGACCCGGCCAGAUUCCCAAGAUCACAAAAGGCCAAAUUACCAAGCUGGGAUUACCGCUCGAGCAUGCCUCACAGACGACGGAGUUGCUCAAAUUCGGAUGUAUUAGUGUGCGAACAUUAAAAAAUUUUAUGCACGCAAUUGAGGAUGCAUUAUUCCGAAUGCCGAUGGUACGGGAACGGCCUAUGAGCUACAAGCAGGAGGAGGUCCAAGCGCAUGUGAUUGAUGAAUUUACCGCGCGAGUGGACAAAUCGGGGAUUAUUUCCGAACGCAAAGGUCGCGUACGGGUGUUCUGUCUGUGUUUUGUGUCUGGCAUGCCAACAGUGGAGUUCGGUCUGAAUGAUAUCGUGCGGCGUGGAAAGGAAGUGGUGGGACGGCACGAUAUUCUGCCCAUCUACACCGAGGAGUGGAUUCGCAUGGAAAGCGUUGACCUGCAUCACUGCGUAUCCAAAGAAGAGUACAGUCAAUCCAAGAUGAUCAAAUUCAUCCCGCCAGAUGCGACCUUUUUCGAAUUAGUACGCUUUCGUGUACGGCCGCCUAAAAACCGGGAAUUACCACUGGCCGUCAAAGCUAUUAUCACGAUGGAAGGCUACAAGGUGCUGAUAAGAGUGGAAGCGAUGACCACUAGUUACUACACACGGAAACGAGCACAGCCUUGCGAUGACAUUCAGAUUCGUGUGCCCAUCCCCGAACGAUGGGUGUACCUGUUUCGCACGGAGACCCUUUUUGGCUACGGGGCGAAACAUGCUACGAAGAAAACAACGGGACUAAUUAAAGGCAUGUCGGAGAAAUUACGGACAGCUGCGCAAGAUCCGCAUGCUGAACAAAACAGUAUGAUCGAGGUUUCAACCGGAUCUGCGAGAUAUGAGCAUGUUUUCCGUUCACUGGUUUGGAGAAUAAGCCGCUUACCGAAAGAAGGUCAAGGAGCAUAUGCCAACCACAUGCUCUCCUGUCGGCUGACCCUUAAUGCUUAUGAUGCUAUGCCGGAACGGUUUGAGCAGAGCGCCGAAGUCGAAUUUACAAUGCCCGCUGCCACAGCUUCACACACUACUUUGCGCAGUAUUUCCGCCACCACCGAAGAACCACCCGAAAAAUGGGUCAAAUACUUAUCCAAAUACGAUUACACCGUUGAGAUAGACUACAAAAUUGAUCGUGGCGAUGUCCAGAUGUACGGCGCCAAUUCCCAAGAACUGUGAAAAUAAUGUACCCCAAUGUAAUGUGCAAGCCUGUUCGAGAUGUUUUUUUUAUUUCGUGUAAUAAGUUAUUUCGCAGCAAUAUUAACCUAUGUAACGCGAGCGGAUAUGUAGCGCAAAUGUAGAAGACUGUCUGCCGUAACACCUCCUGAAUUCUGUAGAGCAACUGUUUAAAAUGCUGCUACAGCAACCGUUUUGAUAUGUUUUCCGGUGAAUUAGUGACAAUUGUAUGUAUUUUAAAAAUUCUAGUUGCUGUCAGUUUAAAUCUUUAGUUUUUGUGCUGAUAGUUGGUCCUGAUCGAUUUGUUAAAUGCGUGAUAAAAGUGAAAUGAUACAGUACAUACGUUACUUUAAAGCGUCUCAACAAAUAUGAAAUUAAAUUAUUGCUUCACA